GUAAAUCCUGCAAGGAAUUUAUACAGAAAAGUAGUGAAUUAUUGACAUUGAACUGAAAAGGAAUACACUAACAAGGAGACCCUGACCUACCUAUAUAUUAAAAAUCGAAACCAUCAUGAAGGUAGAGCUUACACUUCAAUUUCUGGAUGAGUGGAUGCUGCGGUGGCGAAAGUUUCAGACCGAAUCCGAUUGGCGCAUCGAGAAGAAUCGUCAGUGGUGGCGCCAGGUGAAUAUCGGCAUCACCGCCAUGGUGUUGGGCGGGCUCACGCUCUACACCUCUGGGAUCGCCACCCUUAAACGGCAGUUCGGCCCUCCGCACUUCUUCGACGUUGGGGUGGAUGUUCGUCUCAAGCAAUACAUUUGCAACACAUUGGCAUCUCGUCCGCGCUACACCCCGACGGGGUAUGGACGUUUACUGGUGGUGGGCAUCCCUACCUACUUUACCUUUGUGAUCCUGGAGCACAUCCAGGAGCGUCGUCGUCUGCGUCGGUAUCUGGCGCAGAACACCGUCUUUGGUGAACAGGCACGCCGUUUGUUGAAUACCUCGAAGAUUGAGGAGUUUUUGCCGGUGAACAUACAAGCAACUCUUCCACCAAACGAGUCGAAGAUCUAUAGUUGAUAGUACUUGGCGAAAGGCGCAAUAUUAGUGGAUGCUCGCUAGGAUCAGUGCGGCAUGAUAUUGCUGGCUGUUGUUUUAUCGUUGUCAUUGUAGCGAUAUCUUUCUAGUUUUAUAUUUAGGUAUUUUGUUUUGUAGCUAAAUCCUGCUCGUUGAUCCACAAGUGAAGAAGAAAAGGUUUCACCUAUUGACAUCAACGGAAAUUGAUACAAUGACGACACGAUUCAGUA